AAAGGCUUAACAUACUAUCAGAUUCACAAGCUUAAGAAUGUCCAGAUUCCAAGUAAUCAAAGGAAUUCCUUUUUCAAAUGUUCAUUGGUUUAAGAAAGAAAACAUUGAAGGGACGAUUGACUACUAUCCGAAAGAUGGUGACAUCAGUAUUGCAUCAUAUCCUAAGACAGGAACAACUUGGCUUCAGUACAUCGUACUACAGAUAACAUCCGAAGGGGAUUAUUUUCCACCUUUCAACGAUCUUCAUGUAAAAACGUUCAUGGAGAUGGCAGGUCCCGAAGUCAUCGACAGUUUGAAAGGUGUAAGAAUAUACAAGCAUCAUUAUCGGUACGAUAUGGUAAAAAAGAACCCGAAAUCCAAGGUGCUCUACAUCUACAGGAAUCCAGAAGACACUUUCGUGAGCUACUUUCACUUCAUGGAAAAUGUGCGUGAGGAAAAAUUGAAUUUUGAAGAAUUUUUCGAAGGAUUCCUUUCAGGUAACAUAGAAUAUGGAAGCUAUUUCGAACAUGUUUUAUCUUUCCUGAAUCAUAAAGAUGAUGAUAACUUACUGCUGAUAUCGUACGAGAAACUUCACGCUAACCCAAGGGAAGAGAUCCUAAGAAUUGCCAGAUUCCUUGGUGAAGAAUAUUAUCAAGGUCUUUUAAGUGAUGAAUUACUUUUGUCUAAGAUUCUGAAGAACACAAGCUUUGAGCAUAUGAAGAAGAAUCUGAAAUUUGAUCUACCACAUAACAGUAUUGAGGAAAGCUCUGAAAAACAUGCGAACAAUAUCAAUUUAUUCAGAAAAGGCAUUAUCGGCGACGGAAAGAGUUUAUUAUUUGAAAAACAAAUGUGCCGAUCGCGUGAAAAAUUCACUGAGAUUAUGAAAGAUACUGAAGUGUUUAAAGAAUGGAUUAAACAGCAGAACAACCUUUCUACAGCGUAA